CGAACUUAAAUUCGGAUGCUUCGGUGUUUAUCAAGUGUCGUAGGGAAGGGUACAAAAUGAAAGGUCCAAAGUUUAAUCCUAAUUACUUUACAUAUCCUAAGCCUAUAGAAGGAACAAUUAUAGCAGUUUUGAUGGUUCUUUUCUAUUUUAGCUUGUACAAGCCUGAGAGUGUAAUACUAGAUUAUUAUGGACCUCUUGGAACAUUGGGAAGGUACCUGAACAAAAAUCACAUGGGUGUUCUUCAAACUAUACUGGUUGCAACAGUUGCAGCACAUGUGGGAGAAUCAGUCUAUGCAGGUGUUUUGUGCAGGAAAAAGCGCCUCAACAUGUUGCCAACGGUGUUAUGGAUGCUACAGACAUUUGUGAUGGGUUUUCCGUCAUUACUACAGCUUGUAGCAUACAGACCAAGAAAAAAACAGGGCUGACAAACAUAUUUAUUAAGUAAUAUUCACAUACUCAGGAUACAUGAACCAUCAGCAGUGAUUAUUCACCUUAAAUGAAAAAGGUUGUGUCAUGAUGUACAGGAAAAAUUAUUUGAAUAGAAUGUCAUUUGGAAUUUUAUGAACUGGAAAUAUAAAAUGAUUUCAUUAAUUAUUCACUUCAGCACAUACGAGCCGCGCCAUGGGAAAACCAACAUAGUGGCUUUGCGACCAGCAUGGAUCCAGACCAGCCUGCGCAUCCGCGCAGUCUGGUGAGGAUCCAUGCUGUUCGCUUUCUAAGCCUAUUGGAAUUAGAGAAACUGUUAGCGAAUAGCAUGGAUUAUGACCAGACUGCGCAGAUGCGCAGGCUGGUCUGGAUCCAUGCUGGUCGUAAACCCACUAAGUUGGUUUUCUCAUGGCGCCACUCAUACAGUGAUUAACUACUUCUUUACAUUAGUACUAUUAAUCAUUUUAUUCACCAAGGUGACAUAUAAUUUAGUCAGAGAAGGUCUCUUUGACUUUCCAGUGAACUGGACAGAGGUACCAUGGGAUUUCCCUGUGGUCAUGUGACCAAUUUUAUGCAAAUGUGUUUUAACUUUUAUAUUGUGUCGUCAAAGCUGGCCUGUGAUGUUACAUUUUGUAUAUUGAAAUUUUAUAAACAUUGAUCUUUGAUGAUUAUUAUGCCUCCACUGUCGAAGACCUUGGAGGCAAAUAGUGUAUGAACUAUCUGUCUGUCUGUCCGUCACUGUUUUGUACUCCUCAAAGUUUCCAUCUGAUUGAAAUGAAACUUGAUUUACAUAAUCCACAUUGAAGAGGACAUGCACAAAUUGUCAAGACUUUCAAAUGUGAUUUUUUUUCUCGAGUUGUGCACAUUUUUGGACUUUAAAACUUAACAAAAACAUAAAUUUGUACUUUGUGUACUCCAUUCCUACAGUUUUUAUCCAACUGAAAUGAAACUUGGUAUGCAUCAUCAUAAAUUAUUCCUCAGUUAAUACUUUCUUAUUUAUAUGUUUAUUUUAAUACUGAGAAAUAAAUUUCACUGGGCAUAUAAUUGUAUGGUUUUGGCUAAAAAUGCUAUUUCUUUGGGGCUAAAAUUGGUAAAUGUCAAGUUAAGAAAGAGAAAAUACAUAGGACUUUUUCUGUGUUUAGUGGAACUAUUUUCAUGGAUUAAAACAACAAAAAUUGAAAAAAUUAGUCCACCACAAAAAUUUUACUGAAUUUACAAAACUUAAAAACUGUAUCACAUCUGAAGUUUGAAUGUUUUGAUGUAGUUGAAGCAAAUAGAUCAACAUUUUUGCAGACAAUUAUCAGAAUGCACCUUUCUGUACUUUGAAGUUUUUCUUCCUAUACUUGUCCUCAAUUGAUAGGGGACAUUAUAGCAUUGUUUAUUAAUACUUACCUUGUUACUGAAUAAGAAAUAAAAGAAUGACACAAAACUGUUUUACAUAUUUUAUUAUUCUGAUGUAUAUGGAUGAAAGUUUUACUGUAUACAUGUGGUAUAUUCAAUAAACACAAAAUACUUAACACAAACAUGUGCUUUACUAAUGUUUGUUACAGCAAUACAAAGUCACUCAAAUCUGUGAAUCUGUUUUCACAUAAAAAUUAUCCUGGUCGGACUAAAGAUAAGAAAACAGGAAAUACUCUAAAAUAAGAAACAAAAAAGCUGCUGCUCAACUGUACAGGGUGAGCUUGUUUAAUAAGAUGGUAUAAUAUUUCUUUGCACUUAAAAUUUGUAUUAAAAUGAAAGUUUUGAGUAAAGAUGAAAUGGUUGUUAAAAAUCUGAAUAUGAUUUUAAAAUGAAUUCAAAUGGCAAAUUCUGUGCUUUAAUCUUUUAUAUGAAAUGGUGAUUAUAUAUUUAAAGUUCCAGUUUCUUAUCCAAGGUACAUGUACAUGCAGUUCACAAGAGGCCAGAGCAUAGCUCGUCGUGACUACAAAAGAUGUACAUGUAGCUCAGCUAGGCCGGGGCACUGACAAUUACAAAUUACAGGUUUGGUUGCUAGGCAACGUCUCCUGCCAUGUGCUGAGGCAGCAGAUGACAAAAAAAAAAAACGACUAAACAAAUCAACGCUUUUCAAUAAAAUCUGGCAAGCUCAAACUGAACACUAACAUUAUUUUGCAUUUUCAAAACACAGUACUUCAUAUUGUAAAUUACAAACUUUUGAGUGCCUUUCUUUAGUGUGGCAUGAAAAAUGCAACAAAAACUUGAUGAAUUUCAAAGCGGACGAAAACAACAAAGGUAUUCCAGUUAGGUUUCUUGCUUUCUAGUAAAUAUGCACAGCAAGACAAACCUUAAUAAAAAUCAACACAAUUUAAAAUGAAGAUGAUUAUUAUGUCUGGAAACAAACAUUUUAUUUUUGCCACAACAUUACCAAUCCCUCAUCACUAUUUAGCUGUAACAUUUACAGUCAGUCAAAAUUGGACUGGAAACCAGGAUGUUUUCUGAACUUAAUUUUAACAAUACCCCAUUUAUUUCCUAUUAAACAAAAAAAGACUGAAACUGUGUGCUAUUAUGCAACAAAAUUACUGCAUCACAAUUAUUACAUCAUAGCAUCACUGGUUUUACACUUGCCCUGCUAAAUUUCUAAAAUGGAUUGGUCCAUCAUUCAAUUUGGGCAGCAUUACUUAUUAUUUAAAGUGAUGUUCACUGAAAAUUUAUUGACUGAAUAACGAACAGUCCAGACCAUGAUCUUGGUUUGCACUGGUUACAAAUGCAAAAUCACUUGCCGCCAGCAGGCUAAGGGUUAAGUGGUGCACAAAAUCAUUGUCAUUCAGAUGCAAGUUAUUAUACCUUGUGAGCUGUUUACUCGUGAUAUAAUUCCUUCACACUUGAACUCCAACAAUGAUUUUGUUCAACAAAAAAAUCACUGUUUAAAAUAUUAUUAUUUCUUAAGUAAAAUUAAAGUCGGAAACAUGUAUGCUGCCUUCUGUUAUAAACUAAGAAUAAAAUCAAAUAUAGGUAGCGAUUCAGGGAAAAACUGUCUUAUAUAAAUUUAUGAUUACACCAUAUAAUAAAAUACUGAUAAUAUACAUGUAACAUGUAUAACAUUUUAUAUUAAUGACAUAAAUACAGUUGAAAAUUAUAUUGCUUAAAAAAUAUCUGAAACUGUACAAAAAUUGUGGCUGUCCUUGCUCAACUCUCACAACCCUCCCUCGUAACAAAAUUAAAUAGGUUUUCAGUAAAAUUCAGCCUGAUCUGUAACAGAUUUUUUCAUGAAUUUCUUUUUUUUUUUAUUUUGCAAGAUUCAGUUAUAACUUAUCAUUCUUAAAUGUCUCCACAACUGAUACAUGGAACAGUUUCAUAGUGAAUUCAGCAAUAAAUAUAGUCAUAAUUGCAUUUUUUUCUAAUUCCACACAAUGGCCUGAAAUUUACAAUAGAAAAUGAUUGUAUCAAAAAUCAUUUUAACAAUAAAUUCAAACUAACCAAUUUUAAAAGUUAAAUUAAAUGCAUAUAUCUAAAAAUCCCACCAUUACCAAUAUUUCAAUGGUCUGAAGUUUUCCAACAAAACACUGCAAUCAGAACAUACUGGUGCUUCAUUUUUUAAGUGGAUUCUACCUCAAAAUCUUUAGACAUUUAAAAGUUACAGUCAAUCACUACUAAACCUAUACUCCCGUAUCUUGUCAAAUCUUCAAUAUGACUCUUAUCAAU